CGCUAGUGCGCAAGCGCGAAUUUAGCUUACCUCGUAUUGAGAAGCGACACAGGUUGAUUACCUUUUUCUCGCUUAAAAAACUGCCGCAAUGAACGCAGCGGUGGUUAAAAAGACUCAAGACACCCUCGGAAAGGUGAUAAAGAAGCCACCACUGACGGAAAAACUUCUCAGCAAACCACCGUUUCGAUACCUGCACGACAUCUUUAGUGAGAUCAUCAGGACCACAGGCUUUAUGAAGGGGCUGUACAAGGACAGCGAAUUAAAGUCAGAUAACGUGAAGGACAAAGAGAGUAAGAUGGCCUUCCUUCAGAAAGCAAUAGAUGUAGUAGCAUUGGUUAGUGGAGAGCCCCUUGCAGCAAAGCCAGCACGGAUCGUGGCCGGUCACGAGCCUGAGAAGACCAACGAGCUGUUGCAGUGUAUUGCCAAGUGCUGCCUCAACAAGAUGUCCAGUGAGGAGGCAGUGAAACGAGUGCUUUCUGGAGAAAAGGUGGAUUUGAAGACCAAGGCCAGCACCUCCAAGUCUCAAGACAAAGAGAAUCGAGACAGACGUGAACAGCAGUCAUCAGACAGAGAGGAGAAGAAGAAGAUUGAGCACAGUGGGAGCAGAGAAGAAAAGGACUCAGAUCAGCCCAGAGAACAGGAGAGACAACACAGAGAUGGUGAGCGAGAUCACCGCCACAACAAGGAGCGUUCUGGCAAGAAUCACCGCCGUGAGCAGGACCACGCCAACGAUGUUGAAAAGGACAAGAGCCGUGAGCGAGGACCAGACAAGGAAAAGGACAAAGGAAGAGGAAAAGACCAAGAACAGGAGAAAGACUCCAAAAAAGAAAAAAGUAGAGACAGAAACAAAGACAAAGAAAAAAUAAGAGAAAGAGAUUCCCAAAGAGACCAUGAAAAAAACAAGGAAAAACUAAGAGAAAGAGACAAGGAGACAGAACGACACAAAGAAGAAGAAGACAAGAGUAGAAGUAAAGACGGACACUCUGGGAAUAGCAAGGAUAGAAUAUCAGAACUUCAACAAAAAAACCUUGAUGACGAUGCCAGGAAACCAGUGCCGGCUGACCCAGUGCCAGCUGACGAGCCGGCAGAGAAUGUUGAAAACCAGUCGGAAACUCCAGCACGACUGCCUAGACCUUCAUCCGCCAAAGGGCAAAGGAGGAAGCCUAGAAUUGACGGACGAGAUGCAUCUGACAGUGAGGGAGAUGCAGAUGCUCAGGUGGCACAGGGACCAGCCCCCAAGGAAAGUGGUGAUGCAGGUUCCUCAUUUUCAUCUGAAACGGCCGCCAGCAGUAAGCGAAUGGUGCGGCCCAGCAGUGCUCGGCCUGCUCCCCCUCGAGUUAAGAAACUGGAAGAUUUCAGUGAAGGGGUUCCAGCUGACAGGGUUUCUAGUGCAAAGUCAUCAGUCAUCAGAGAUGGAAAGAAGUUAUCUGACGAGGAGGAGGAGGAAGAUGAGCAGUUUAUUGUGGCACAGGCGGCUCCUGAACCUGCAGAUGCUCCUGAUAAGGAGUUGGGAUCUGCACAAGACUUUAACAGUGAAGAAAAACAUGGUGGACUUGUGAAAAAGAUUCUGGAAACCAAAAAAGACUAUGAGUCAUUACCAUCCUCCAGCAAAUCGAAAGAGAAAUUGGUGUCAGAAGAAGCCCGAAAGAAAGAGCAGGACCUGGUAACACGGGAGAUAGAGCGGCUCCGUGCAUCCAUCCAGUCGGUUUGUCAAAGCGCGCUGCCUUUGGGUAAGAUCAUGGACUAUGUCCAGGAGGAUAUAGAUGCCAUGCAAGCAGAACUGCAAAGCUGGCGGAAGGAGAACAAGGAGCAUGCACAGGCUUUGCUGCAGGAGCAGAGAGCGACAGACUGGGCGUUAGAACCUCUAAAGGCAGAACUUUAUGAACUAGACCAAAUGAUCAAGGAUUACCAGGACAAGAUUUGUGCUUUGAGGUCCAACAUACUGAGGAAUGAAGAGAAGAUCCAAAAGAAGUUGGCAGGAAUCAUCUCCUCUCCUACUUGAAGUGAGAAACUACAAGCAUCUUGAUAAAUGCAGAGAAAAUCUAAUAUUUAAAACAAAACUUUUUAGAAUUUUUUCAAUCAACUUGUGGGCUUAGAUAGCACUAUUUUUUGAAGAUUUUUUUCUGAACAUGUAUUGGAAACCAUUCAAUACAUGCCCAGUCAAACCAAGAAAGUAAUAAAACAACAAAUAAUACAUAUCCUUCUAGUAGCUUGGAGGUUUAGCUCUAUUCUGUUGGAAUUGACCCACUUUCCAUCAAGCAGCACAGUUCUUUUCAGUAUGUAAUAUCUUGCAUAGGGGACUAAAAUUACUGAUCUGCACUGCACCACCCUUCUAUCAUUCCACCCUUACAUUGGGAAACCAGCCACAGUGGUAAGAUACCAAAAGGGCACACAAAACGCUUCUAUUUUUCUUGUUUUUGACCAUGUUUUUACUGAUUCCAUGGCCUUGAGCAUGCGUUUGGUUAGCAAUUCGAUAUUGAAAAUAAAUGAUCAGUGGCGCAUAGCAACAUAAUAUAGCAGGCUAUGCCACUGGAAAUCAAUCUUUUUUUUCCUGUUUUGAAUUUUUUUUUUAAAGAAAGUGUGAUAUUCCAACAGUUACAGCCUCGUUAAAACAUUAGGGAAUAAUAAAAGUCGUUUGAGGGGAAAAAUGUCAGUGUCUGGGAUUAAUUGGCCCUAGGCUGGUUGCUGUCACUUAGUGAUGGUUAAAAAUGAUACCUCAACCCAAAGCUAUUGACAAGUAUUUAAAAAUUCCUUCUUUCUGUUCAAUCAACCAUAACCUGUCUUUUUGUCCAAUAUUAUUAUUAUCAUAUAGUAUAAUGAUGCCUUUGAGUGCACACACCUUAUGGUUUCUUCAUCAAAAGUCUAGCAUACCUCAAAAUAAGCACUAAUUAAUAUACAGUACCUAUAUAUUUAACAGUUAUUGGACCAGGUUUUGCUGUGGCACUCUAUUUUGUUUUGAGUGUUGUCUGAUGUUUAUUUGUCCAAGAUGUUAGAUUGUUUGCGUUUACACUUGAACAGGAGCAGAAAACCAACAAUGAUGUUUACCAAAAUGACAAUAAUACUGGAUUUAACAUUGCUCCCUUUCAACAUAUAUUUUUCAUGAAAAAAAACAAACAUGUACCCUUCUCUUUAAGAUACACUGCAUAUCCUCUUACUUCUUUUACAGCCUGCCCUAUCUCUUUUCAACAAUACUUGUUAUAUUAUUUCAUUCCUGCUGCUUCUCAGUCUCCUCAGCUGUGUUGCAUGUGAAUGGUGAAGGUACAUGUUUGAAUUAGAGUGAUGUGUUUUUUUUGUAGAACAUGUGGGAAUCUGUUAAUUCAGAACAAUAAAUAAGAGGAAGUUAAGAUUAAGUAGGCCUCUAAAAUGGCCCAACUCUCCAGUCUACCUGAGGAUUUCUGCUGUUAAUUGUGGUGUACAGAACUAAUACCUUUUAAGGAAGGUGAGAAAUAGCAAGUGUUGAAUAUUCUGCUGAAAAGGCACCAAACGGAACUUGAACAUUUCCAUGUGAUUUCUGAUGAUAUACAGUGUUUCAUCGCUCUAUCACGGUUCACCUUUCGCGGAUUCGCUGUUUCGUGGAAUUUUUUUUGUGGUUUUUAAAAAAUUAUUAUUACAGCUUAUGACUGUUACAGGCCGAGCCCGGCCCUUUAAGAAGAAUUUUUAUUGUAGGAAGCUGAGUGUGUUGUUUUCUGCGUCAUGAUUGGCCGUAGACCAUUGUCAAUCAAUCUCCUUCAUGCCACCCUGCCGUGUUUCCUGUGUCAUUGCUAUCUUGCUUGCUAGCUAGCUUGUAAAUGAAUCUUUGGUUUGAAGGAGGAGGACUGCAACAGGAUGAGUACUGCAGCAAUAUGUUUUAUCAAGGAUUUAAAAACGCUACAGUACAGCGGAACAACCCUAGGAAGAAAAGGCACGGUCACAGGACUGUGCCUUUUCUUCACACGAAAUACACACGAGUGACUUAAGAAUUUCUUGUGUCCGACCUGUCGAUUGAUCAUUAAAAUUCAAAAGAAAUGAGAGUGUUGAAACAAGAGAGAAUGUGAGAAAAUGUUAUUGCCUGUCUGACAAAAAUGUAUGAGGUUUAUGGUGAGGGGUUUUACAGCCUUGAAACAUAUAUAUUAUUUGUAAAAAAAAAAUGAAGUUGGCUACUUUGCAGAUUUCACUUAUUGCGGGCUAUUUUGAGAACCUAUCACCAGCGAUAAACGAGGGAACACUGUAAUACAGUCAGGUUGGCUACUUUUUUUU